UAUGCAUUUUAUAAAUGGAUUAGAGAUUGAUUACGAUUUUCCUCAUUUAGACCCAAUAAAAAUAGGAUUUAAUGAUGAAAAGACGUUAUUGUGUUGUAUCACCUUAAGAUCUAUUCAUAUUUAUUUUUCUGAUCCAUUUGUAGAAUUGGUUAAUUUUUAUUUAGAUAAAGAUUCAUUAAGAUUAUAUGGGCAUUUUAAAUCAUUUUUAUGGCAAAAAGGAUCAAAGCAUAUAAUAACAUUGUCAAAUCAUGGAUAUAUUCUAUUUUUUAGUGUUCAGGCAAAUUAUGAAAAUAUACAAAACUUUUUUGCUCUUAAAUCCAGAAGUGAUAAUGCAAUUAGACAUGGUUUUAUUAUGUCAAAUCUACCUCAAAUAUCUUUGUUUUCCCUUCCAAAUUUUACUUUUAUAGAUCAACAAAUAACAUCCUUAAAUGAUUAUUUUGAUCAGAUAAUUGUGGCUACAAUUGAUGGAUAUCUACAAUUUUAUGAAUGGCCAUCAUUUAAUUCCUCAUCAGUUACAGUUUCCUUUAAAUUUAAUAUCAAUGAACUUAUCCAUAAUCGUGAAAAAAGUAAAACUGAUCUCUACGUCAUUGAUAUUGAUCAUUCGUGGAUAAUGUUAGGAUUCGCCAUUGUAUUGUCUGACGGAAGGUCCGGGUAUAUUCCGCAUUCUCAGGAUCGAUUUUCUACGGAAGAUAUAAAAUGGUAUUUUGCGCAAAAUAUUAAAAACGCGGUCAGCUGUUGUUUAAAUCCUCGCCUAAUGCUCAUUGCCUUUGGAACUAAAUCGCAGGCCAUCCAUCUUUUUACUUACGAAUCUUUGGACGCUGACAAAAACAGCAUAGGGUCACACGCAUUGAAACCUUUUAAAUCUUUUGAUUAUUCAAUCACAGAUAUAUUAUAUCAUAAUAUGGCGGCAUUCGAAUAUAUAGAGGAUCGCCAGUUCAAAUCGCCUAAGCAAUCCACACAAUACCAAUUUAGUACGGACCUAAAAUUGACAUUCACGGAGGAUGGCCUGGUCCUGUUCGUGCAACACGCCAACAAUUAUAUAAAGGCCUUUUCGGUUUUCGGUUAUUACUUAUUCGGAAUCCCAAAUAUGACUGACGAAGGGACGGAUAGUACAGGCUUUCUAUCAUCCAAUCCAUCCUUGAUCUGCCACACUUUAGGACUUCAAGAUUACAGUUUAUGGGUUUUGAUGUCCUCGCCUUUCCCUUCAAAUACGAAAAACUUUUCUGAUUCAUUCGAUAACGCCCUCAAAACGCCUAAGAAUACCGCAGAAAUAAUCACGCCAAGAGCAAAAUCGGUCAUCAAAAAGUUUGAAUUACUCAAAUCCAUAUGCAUUCACAAUCCAUCCUCUUCCCAUAGUCGCAAACACGUCAUAGUUUUACAAAGCGAGAGUUGCCUUUACAUCGGGUCCCCUCUUUUCUACAAUGUGAACAAAUUCAAAGAGCGUAUCUUUAAAGUCAAGGACAAAAUUUAUAACGGAGUCAAUGAAUGCCACGGCGAAUAUUUUUCCAAUAUCAGGGAUUUGGUACAGAUUCAGGUACCUAUCAGUUAUCUCAAUCAUAAUAAACCCAUAAAGAUGACUGCCAUAGAUAAAAGUGGACAAGGAAUAGCUAUCGCGGGUAAGAACGGAUUUUUGCAUUACAACACAUUGACCAGAAAAUGGAAGAUGUUCGGGAAUGAGUCGCAAGAACGACAAUUUUCUAUUUACGGCGGACUAGUAUGGUGGAAAGAAUUUAUUUUUUUGGCUUGUCUAAACACCGAAACCAAAAACUAUGAGUUAAGAGCCUAUCCUCAAUCAACCAAACUAGAUAAUGCCAACCUGGCAGCCAAGUACGAAAUUCCAUCGGCUCCCAAUCCAUUAUCCAUAUACCACAUGGACGUUUACAAUGAUUUUGUAGGGGCAGCUUUCUCGAAUUGCACUAUAGCUAUGUAUUAUAUUGAACCUAAUGAUGAUAUUAAUUCCUCCAAAUCUCAGCAGCCCCAUAUCAAAACUCUUUCCCUAAUCAAUAUAAAUGUCAUCGAUAUAUCGGCCAUAAGUCCUCACCCGUUUUGCAUUUUAUCCUUUGCUCUUACAUUCUUUAGCAUUGACUCAGUUUUAUCAAAAACCAAGCCGCAUAACAAACGCAUCAGCGAGAUUCCAAAACCUAAUAGCAAUAUGGUCAACGCCGAAAAUAUUAAUAAACAAACGAUUUUACCACCAAAUAUAAUAAUGAACGUUUGCGGGGAUUUGAUAUGCUUGCAAAGACACAAAAAGCGUUCGGCGUCGUUUAGCCUUACAUCUGGGGAUAUUGUACCUACAUCAACUAGAAAACUUGACAAGAAGCACAGUCUAAAAGGUUCCGAUAACCAACAAAGUUCAAUUCUAUCUCUUGCCUUCGUCAAUCCGGACAAAGAUAACACCCAAACCGUCAUAAACGAGAACCCUUACGAUUAUUCCGUGUCCCUGAUCGCCAACGGGGUCGAAAUAUUUUGGGUUCACGAUUUGAAGGAGGGCAAAAGUAGUCCUGGAAGCGUGAACGAUCACGAUUUCCUAAAUUCGAACAACUGUGACCUUAAAACGAAAGACCAUGACAAGGAUAAAAUGAAUGUCCAGCCUUACCUUUUAGAUACUAUUUGGCUUUUCAGAGGCUCUGACGGUCUUAAAGUUUGGCUGCCUUUAUCUCAUCCAUCCGGAUAUUCAAUACCGAAAUGCGAUCUUUUUUCCAAAAGGGUUAUGCUUUCUUUUCCAACGACCAUCUAUCCUUUAGUUAUUCACAUGUCAUCAGCCCUAAUCGAGGGCAUCAAUCAAAGUUGUACAAAGGAGAGAGUUCUCGAUUACUUGUAUCAGCCAAAAAUUAACGACGAGAAGCGACUACUGAACGACCAUAUGAUUUUUAAUGAUAAAUAUAGCGUGCAUCGUUAUUGGCAACACGUCUUACCGGAUAUAUUGAAAGAUUUGAUUGAGAAAAAUUUAAGCUUGCAAGCUCUCGACGUUGCCCAUUGUUAUUCGGCCAGAUCGCCUUAUCAUUCAUCGAAUAAUUCCGAAGUCUUAAACGAAUUUGCUUUAUCAAACGCUUUAGAGACUUUAUUACACCGGGUAUUAGAAUGUGAUCCUAGCAAGCCACCUCUCUUUAAUAAAUUUCAAGAAUUCGGGGGUACUGAUUACAGACAUUCUCGAGAUGUGAAACAUCCUAAAAAAUCUACGAAUCAAGAUAAUGCAACCAAUUCUCCCCCAUUCAUCACUUCUCAAAAACAUGUGGAAAAGAAUAUUUCGACGAUUAAACAGCAAGAUAACUAUAAACGACUCAGCACGGGUAAUUUAAACCUGAAUAAUGUAUCCUCUUUAUCACCUAGACCUUCCGAUCCUGAACCACUGCUGCCUAGAGUACUAGCAUUCCUGCGAGAAUUUCCUUUCGAUAAUUACGUUCCCGUUUUAGUUCGGUGCGCUAGAAAAUCUGAAAUUGCGCUUUGGCCCAAAUUAUUUUCGGUCGAUGAUACGGCAAAUGAGGAUUAUAAUUUUAAUGAAACAAAUAAUGAUCACGGUAAAACUGAUUCAAAUACUGAUUAUAUUAAAGGAGGCUCUAAUGAUUUAUACGAUAAUCGACCUGCUAAAUUGUUCAAGGAAUGUGUGAAGAGAGGCGAUUUAGAAACCGCUACAUCAUUACUCAUAAUCUUGCAGAAUUUGGAAUCCUUCAGUAAAAGUUUUAGAGACGCGGAAAUUCUAUUGCUUUCAACUCUGGAUAAAGAAAGAUGGGAUUUAGCCAAAGAAAUUGCUCGUUAUUUGAACUCUAUCAUGAAAGAUACAGAAAAUGAUCAAUCUACUAAAUCGGCACCUACAGAAGAGACUAUUUUGUCAAAAGAAGACAUAAAAUCAAAUUAUCCUUUGUUUAUUGAUAAUUUACUCUCCGAUAAGUGCCCUUAUUGUAAUUCCAAAGACGCGGAAGAAAAGUUUAAGUUUACGACUUCUAUCGAUAAAACGACCGAAUAUCCUUACAGAAUCAACGAUAUUUUGGACAAAUAUGCCGUUAAUUUAAUUAUUGACGGAGAGUUAAAGAGAAUGGCUACUUUUGCGGCUAAUAUGAAUUUCCCUUUAGUUCCGUUUUUGUCUCUACAAAGAUUCAAGGCAUGCGCCAUUAAAAACUAUAUAAAUGCUUUCAAGAAGUUACACGCCAUAUUCGAUUGGCCAUACGGUCAUUACGUGAAUAUUAAAUACAACCUUAAAAAUAACGGACCACCAAGAACAAAAUCAUGGGAUUUGAGUCCUCGAACUUCCCAAAUUACAUCUCCCACAAAUAGCUAUGAACCACGAUCCGAUAUUGAAAAAACUAGAAUUAUCAAGAACAAUUUCAGGCCUAGUGAGAUUGAUAAAAUAACCUUGACUCCAAAUUCAUUUAUGCCUUCUACACCUGACGUAAAUUUAGCUAAACUUAUGGAACCAAUCGAUAUUCAAGGCCCAGAUUCAAGAAAAUCCCAAAUAAAUAUAGAUAUUUUAUCACCAGCUGGUGAUUCACCCAAAUACAAUCAAGCAGAUACCAUAAGUAUGACAGAUACUAUAAAUUAUUCUCAGCAAUAUACAAUGGAAAGGCCAAGCACUCUUAAUUUAAUAACUGUAGCUAACCCAAACCAGAAAGACUGUGAAAGUAAUAUCAAGAAUGGUAUUAAAAAUAAGGUUAAUGAUUCUCUUGCUGAUUGUAGCAAACAAGAACUUCAACUGAGGUACUUAUUAAAAAUAUUUAUGGAAUCAGGGUGUUUAGACUGGGCUCUAUUGAUAUGCCUGAUACUUGGGGAUGUUAAUUCAACUUCCCAUACUUUGAAUGUUUGGCUCAAAAAAAUUCAUGAUCAACAUGUUAAUAUAAUUCAAGUUAAAUGUCCUAAUCAAGAUUUUUUAAAUGAAAUUAUUCAUGGAUUACAUGAAUUGAUGAAAUGGGCUGAAAAUGAGUGCCCAUAUUAUGAAUAUUUAAUUUGUCAAAUGUUAAAUCCUCUACUUGAAUUUGAUGACAAAGUCAAAAAUAGUGGAUAUUCAUCCAAUAAAAAAUCAAGCAAUGAUCAAUUAUUUUUAGAUAUUAAUUCAAAGAUACUUAUAAAAAAUGAAUCAAAUCAUAUGAAUAUAGAUGAUAAAAAUUUUGUAAAAAUUGUUACAACAAAUAAUAAUUCUCAAAAUUCAUGCUUAAUUAAUUAA